AUGAACAAGGGUAGAAGGCCCAGCGUAUUUGAGAGAUUAAACGAUCCUAGUAAUUAUACUGGAGUUUACUUUGAGAGGUUUAGAACACAGAAUGGACACAUUAAUGCCAAUUCCUCAAGUGGGAAUGUAAAUCAUCUUCAGGAAAUAUUACGGCCCAGCGUUCGUUCUUCAACAUGUGUUCAUAUAGGAAAGGGAUGGGAUGCUGGUCAACAUACUAACUCGGGUUUUGUUCAUGAUACACCAGCUACGAGAAGUAAUCCAUUUGGAACAUCAACAUCAUCAUCUUCAGCCAUUCCCUUAAAAACCAAAGAAGUUGAGGAUACAAUAAGAAGGAGAAUGUCUCUAUCUUCUCCAAUGUCAUGUUAUACACCUUCCCGUUCACCUUCAGCAAGUCCUUUUUUCUCUUCUCUUCCUCAUCCGAACAAUGACAGAUCACCUCCUUCUCAAUCAAUCCGAAGACCUAGUAGUUCCCUCAACUCGAGGGAAAUUGUAAAAUCUCUUCUUUUAAACAACAACAACAACAUCAAUAACAACCAACAUAGGAUAAAGCAUCGAUCACCAAGUCCUUCCUUAAUAACAAAUUUACGAGAUAUGGAAGAUAAUGAAGAUGAAGUAGUUAAGCCAAUAUUUAGGGAAGAAAAAUAUGAACGAGUUGAAAAACCUCAAAAACGAGCUGCAACCCCAGUUUUUCAAAAUCAACCUAUUGUGACUAAUAUUGAAAAAGCAGAACCACCAUCAAUUUCAAACAAAUCUAAAACCCAAAAACAGAUAAGCGUAUUUGAAAGACUGAAUGAUAAACAGAAUUUCACAGGAGUUUACAAAGAAAGAUUUGAGUCUGGUAUUGGGUCAAUUAAUGGUUCCUCAGAGUAUUACGAUAAUGAAAACAAUCAUUCCUCAAUACCAGAUAAACGAGUAAAACCAAGACCAUCCAGUGCCUCUGCAUCACGUCAAUUCACAGCCGACCACAUAUCUGUUUCACUAAAUCAAUACCAAAAAUCUCCUCCCCUUCCAACAAAUGAAAAAAAGAAAAAGAAAUCACCUAAGGCAGAGUUAAACAGUCCUAAGUCUCCAAGUUCUCCAGAUUGGACUAAUUAUUACAGAGGAUCCUACAAGGAUAUUGCUAGUUCUAAACAAAAUAGAGAAAGAAGCUAG